GAUGUUGACCUGAAAGCAUGUCAGGAACCUUUGGAUGACUGCUGUCCACACCAAGGACAUGACCAGCUGAAACUGCAAGAGGAGGAAGACAUAAACCAAAGCAACUGCAACCAUGUAGAGUCCCUUCUCUCCUUAGAGGGCUAUUUCCAGCUUCUGUCAUCACAGGUGGAAAACAUGCUAGAGGUGAGCUUACUGGAAGAUAUACAAAUUGCUACUAGUAGAGGUCAAGACCCAUCAUCCUCACACCACAAUAUAAAUCUGAACCAAACACUUCACCACUGUUUCAGUCCUCCUGAUGCUAUGCUACUAAGAACAGACUACCCCACUCAGUCAAAUUCAGAAACAAGACAUCUACAAAGGCAAGAGUCUUUUGCUCAGUCAAGCUCUAAUAUCACAAAUCCAGAAUCACUCCUUCAUGGGUCUAAUUUGACAGGGUGGUUUUCAGCUGGUGACCUUAGAAACCUAGCAACCCAUGAUUAUAAUUUUGAUGAAAUUAAACUCACGUCUUUGGCUUUGGAGGAAGGCUUUGAUCCUAUAGAAGCUUCUCAGGUCUUUGAAGAACCUGGCUCAGAUUUGGGACAAUCUUUGAAUUCAAGUCACAGCAUCACCUCUUACUCACUCUGCAGUGAAGGUGCUGUUGGGAACAGCAGUGGUGUUAAAUCUGCUUCUUUACACGGCUUGGGAGCUGUUGGUGGCCAUUGCCAAGAAAACACUAAAUAUGGCCACGUGGAAUAUCCAGGUGAUACAGAGUGUUCUAGAGAAGCCACAUCUCAGCAGUUUCUUCAUAACCACACUUACAAUCAGCUGCCAAGUCAAGCAGCAUCCACACUAGAGCAUCAUCAACAGCUGUGGAUGAAGAAAUCAAAUGAAGUAAAGGAUAGGCACCGUAAUUCUACCAAUGCAAACCACAGCAGUGAUGAAUGCCGUGCAAAAGCUCUGAGAAUACCGUUUUCAGUAGAAGAAAUUGUAAGCAUGCCUGUUGACUCUUUCAACACCAUGCUAGCAAAGAACCAGCUGACAGACACUCAGGUAUCACUUCUACGCGACAUCAGACGAAGAGGCAAAAACAAGGUAGCUGCCCAAAACUGUCGUAAACGCAAACUGAACGCAAUUCUUAACUUGGAAGAAGAUGUGUGUAAUCUUCAAACGCAAAAGGAGAGCCUUAAAAAGGAGCACUCUCAGUGUAGCCAAUCAAUCAGCCAGAUAAAGCAGAAGUUAAACAACUUGUACCAUGAUAUUUUCAGUAGACUGAGGGAUGACCAGGGUAGACCUGUUAACCCACGCCAAUACGUCAUUCACUGCAGUAGCAAUGGCAGUGUUUUCGUAAUGCCCAAACACUUGGUCAAAUCUGAACAGAAACAAGAUAACACAAAAGAGUAG